AUGCACUUAGAGACUAGUAGUAAACUAAACUCACAGAACAAGAUGAAUGACGGUUCGUCAUCAUCAUCGUCAAGCCCAAAGAUGGACACGGAUGUGUUGGUAGACGAAACCUACUUCUCUGCUUUAUUCGAUUACGACGACGUUUUCCCAAUCUCCGAUGAAAACUACGCUACGGAGCUCUAUCUCCAAGAGGCUCUGUUUUCUUCCUUGGUCGCUUCGACGGUUGGGGUUAAUCAUCAUCAUCCCCAAGUCCAGAUGAACCUUGUCACGCGGGUUAAACAGGAACCACCGGAGAUAAAAAUCGAGGAGGAUCCCAUCGAACCAUCAUCAAGAAUGUUCUGUAUGGACCAAAAACCUUCGUCUGACAUCUUCCGAGGAACAACUAACUGCGCUCACUCCUACUGCACCGACUGCACCGUACGUUACGUGGCGACUAAGAUCAAAGAUAACGCAGCGAGGAUCAAAUGCCCUGACCUGGAGUGCACGAGCCUGAUAGAGCCCCACACGUGUCGAGAUCUAAUCCCUAAGGACGUGUUCGACCGCUGGGAGAAAAUCUUGUGCGAGUCGCUUAUUUCCUCAUGGGAUAAGUUCUACUGUCCGUUCAAAGAUUGUUCGGCAAUGAUGGUGAACGAUGGAGGUGGUGAUGCUAACGUGACGCAGACGGAGUGUCCGUCUUGUCACAGACUGUUCUGCGUUCAGUGUAAGGUUACGUGGCAUGCGGGGAUUGGCUGUGAGGAGUUCCAGAAGUAUGGGAAUACGAAGAAGAAGAGUAGUGAUGAAGAAGAUGCUUUGUUGGUUCAGAUGGCGAAGAACAAGCAGUGGAGAAGGUGUCCUCAGUGCAAGUACUACGUUGAUAAAGUCGAUGGUUGCUUGCAUAUAAAUUGCAGGUGUGGGUUUCAGUUUUGCUAUGGAUGUGGAUCUGCGUGGGUUUCUUCUCACGCUUGCCAUAUUCGUACUUAA